UAUAAAGGCGUGGUAUUAUUUAAAACUCAUUCAUUUGAACUUCUUGCCUUGACCAUGCAGCACACUCAUCAAUUCAUUUUCGUGCUUUCUCUGCUCGUUGCACUGCUCAGCGCUGUCAACGGACUGCCGUUCGGACUUAAUUGGGGCCCCUCUUCCAAUCAGGGACCCAGCGGCGGACCAGCCUGGAAUGGUGGGCAUGACCAGACAACCGAUUCUACACACUAUAAUCAGCACUCAAAUGGCGGGGGCAAAUGGCGCUAUUGAAUGAUCAUACGACUUAUGAAAAAUUAAAAAUUUUGCAGUUGCUUAUGAGCAAGUGAUUU